UAAAAGAAAAAAAUCGCACAUUUGACGGAAAUAAUUCAUUUACUAGCUAUACAUAAGAAUAUGACAAUUUGCAAUAGUUCAACAUAAACAAUAAAAAAAUUGCAAACGAUUGAUACCAAUUUUAAUAGUAUAGACACUCUACCAAGGGUGGAGAAGAUACUUGUCAUACCUCUCGCAGGACGGCAUCAAAUUUAUGUAUUUUUGCGAAAGUGAUUGAUCCGACAGUUUUUUACAAAGCGAUUGCAAACGUUUCUAACAAUUUCACAGUUUUGGGUAUUAUUUUCGAGUCGAAAUUAUCAAGUUGCUCGCGGAGUUUGCAGAGCACAUUCAGAGGGGUUAUAAACAUUUUUUUACCACAAAAUUGGAAGUAUAUUGUAGUCUUUUUCAGCUAGAAUAGUAUUAUUCAAGACUUAUGAGACAAUGUCCAUUCCGUUCAAUGGAUGCAAAAGUCGCUCUAAAGGUUUAAUAAGUGCUGUAGCUAAACAGAUUAAACUGCUAAAUUUUAAACCGCUUUCCAAAAUAACUGUUCGUUUUGAUCCAUUUCAUAAUAAAACAUCUGGAACGAGAAAUUUCGUAUUUUAUAUCUCCAUACCAAAAGUUACUGCAACUAACAUGUCGUGUCUCCACACAACAGAAAUUUUAAGUGAUCGCUCUGGACCUGUUAUUGAAUGUGAUUUUACACAAAACAAAAUAACCCAGUUUGCAAGGUAUGAAGAUUGUGAAUAA